UUCAGUUUUAAAACGAUUUUCUUUCUUAACGUACUUGAGUACAAUUAAAAAAUAAUAGUAAAAAAAAUAUUCAACAAGUCAAAAUGUUCGCUGGCGUCGGAAUUCGUAUCGCCUUUCUUUUGGCUUUGGCCAUCAGCUCAAAUGCUCAAGUAACAGUUAAUAUGGAUCAUGUUUGCGCAUUGGUAGCAGAUAAUACACUUAUAUCCACUGGCAGUUCAUGUGACUCAUAUUAUUCAUGUCUUGGCGGAGUAGCCACAUUACAAUCUUGCCCACCUACCCAAUAUUUCAGCAAAGAUGAUCAAACUUGUGUUCCAUCAUCAGAAAUGAAUUGUUAUAGCAAUGGUGAAGAUCCUUGUUCGGGUGCAACAGUAGGUACUUGGGUAUCAGUACCUGGUACCUGUAGCGAUUUUUACUAUUGCAGCGCAACUGGAGCCUUACGUAGCAGCUGUCCAUAUGGUGAAAACUUUGAUACUGCCUCACAAUCUUGUGUUUUUGCCAGUCAAUUACCAUGCGGUAUAACAGAUAAUGGUGAUGAUUCACCUGGCAUUGUUUCCAUUAAUUUAUGUACAUACAUGCAAAACGGUAUGUAUUUCGGUAAUCCAACUUCUUGUACUGGCUGGAAUAAAUGUACCAAUAAUUUGAUGAUCAGUGGCGACUGUCCAACUGGAUUUGAUUACAAUGUGCAAAUCGGUGAAUGUGAUUAUCCAAUCGAUACUAACUGCUCUCAGGUCACAUACGAUCCCGUACUUGCUGGUGCUGUUUCCAGUGGUGGUCCAUGUACAACUCUCAAUGCAAUGAAAGCUGCCUCUAAUUGCGCUGGUUACUACCAAUGCGAUGGCAGUAACUACCAAUACUAUAUGUGCUCUAGUGGACUCUAUUAUGAUACAGUCAGUCAAACUUGUGUUAAUCGUUUGCUUGCUCGUAACAAUUGUGAUCGUUGUUACGGUACUACAGAAAGCUUUGUCAACAUGUACUCGACUACCGGUUGCACUGGUUACUUAUACUGUGUUAAAGGUGUUGAACAAGGUACAGGUUUCUGCACUACUGGAAUGUACUUCAAUGAAGUCGCAGGUGCAUGCGUUAAUCAAGACCCAGAAUUCCUUUGCUGUGAUCCAGGAACUACAUCUACUAUUGCUACUACUGCUACUACUUCAGGUAUAACAGCACCUGGUCCCGGUUCAACAACUGUUGCUAAUCCUGGUACUGGCACAACAGUAGCAUCAACAACUGGUGCCUCCACAACUGUUGGUACGACUGGUGCGUCAACUACUGUCGCUUCAACAACUGUUGCCUCAACCACUGCUGCUUCAACAACCGUUGCUUCAACCACAGUUGCUUCAACAACUGUUGCAUCAACGACUGUCGCAUAAAUUAUUCUUGCAGAGUUUUACAAAAUUAUGAAAAAAAUAUCUUCAUUCUAUAUAAAAUAAAUACAGCUCUGAAGUUAUUAUGUCGUUCAAAUGCAAAUAAAGCAAAUAUAAGAAAUCUAACUUGCAAUAUACACAUAUAACAACAAUAGAGAUAGAUAAGAGUUAUUUCAGAAACUUUAAUAGAAUUGUUCACAAUAUAUUUAAAGAUUAUUAUCUAAUAAAUCGAAAUUUACUGUUAAUA